AUGGAGUCUGCUGAAUCGCCAGCUACGGAGGAUGUCUUCAACGCAAAAGAGGCGGUCGAGGACCAACAAGAGCCCGUACCGCACCUCCAUGGCAAAACCUUCUUGGCCGUCUUCGCGGUUUGCUUCAUCUACUUCGCGCAACUGAUCAACGUGGUUGGUGCCGGCGCACAAACCCAGGCUAUCGCCGCCGUCUUCGCUGGAAGCAGCAGCAGUGUAUGGCUCACCUCUGUCGUGGCCAUCAUGACGGUUGUCCUGUCUCCCAUCAUCUCACAAGCCGCCGAUUACUGGGGCCGCCGUUGGUUCCUGAUAUCGCUUACAGCCUGUGGUGCUAUUGGGUCCAUUGUUGUUGCCAGAGCCAACAGCAUGAACAUGGCAAUUGGAGGGUUUGCUGUCACUGGUUUAUCGUACGGAGCACAACCUCUGCUGCAUGCCGUGGCCUCGGAAGUGCUGCCUAGGAGAUACCGCCCAUGGGGACAAGGGUUUACCAACGCCUCAGCUGCCCUGGGUGGCUUUGUCGGUCUCCUGGCGGGUGGUGCGCUCACCAGAAACGGCAAUGUGGAGGGAUUCCGCAACUACUGGUACAUGACCACGGCAAUAUACGCAGUGGCUACCAUCCUGACCUUUGUGUUGUACGAUUCUCCCAAGACCGCAAACCAAACAAAGUUCACCAACAAGGAGAAACUCGGGAAGCUGGACUGGAUCGGGUACGCUCUGCUGAGCGUCGGGCUUGUCCUCUUUUGCAUGGGCCUCUCCUGGUCCCAAAACCCCUUUCUUUGGUCUGAUCCUCACGUCCCUGUACCGUUUGCUAUCGGUCUCUUCUUCAUAAUCCUCCUGGCAGUCUACGAGACCAAGUUCAAGGAGGACGGCAUGUUCCACCACGGUCUCUUCGUCCACGGCAGGAAUUUCGCUAUCGCACUGCUGUGUGUCUUCGUCGAAGGCCUCGUUUUCUUCGCCGCUAACAACUACUUCGCAUUCGAAGUUGGUGUUCUAUAUGAGACCGAUUCACUUCGCAUCGGCCUCCGUUACGCGGUUAAUAUGGCGGUAUAUGGCGUCAGCGCCGUUCUCGCCGGCUUGUACUGUUCCACGACGAAGCAUACUCGUUGGCCCACCGUGGCUGCGUUCAUGUCCAUGAUCAUCUUUUUCGUGCUCAUGGCUACUGCGACUCCGCAGACGUCAAACCCGGUAUGGGGCUACCCCGUCUUCCUGGGUAUGGGUCUUGGAGUCUGCUUGUGUGCCCUUGUCACUGUUGCGCAAUUGUCCACGCCGAAAGAGCUCAUUGCCAUCACUAGUGGCUUGAUGAUUGGAAUGCGAUCCCUGGGUGGCUCUGUUGGCCUUGCUAUCUACAACGCAAUAUUCAACGGAGAGCUUUCAAGCCACCUUUUCGGCAAUAUCGCCAACGCGGUGUUGCCGCUGGGCCUACCAGUUACGUCUCUCGGUGACUUUGUUACGUACUUGGCAGCACAAGACUCUGCAAGCCUUAUGACUGUCCCUGGCGUUACGGGCGACAUCAUUCAAGCAGGUGCAGGUGCACUUCUGGAAACUUACAGUGUCGGCUUCAGGUGGGUCUGGGUUGCUGCUGGUUCUCUCACUGCCGUUGCUGCAAUUGCUGCCAUGUUUCUGGUCGAUCCGAAGGCGGAGUUCAACAUGCAUAUUGACGCUCCAGUGGAGAAGGAGGAACAACUAUAUCAUAGUUGA